ACCUACCUUUUGCGGCAGGUUAACGUCGCGGUGUUGUUUUCUUUUGCUGUUGUGUUGAAUCGUUUGUUAUUGCGAUGAGUUAUUUGUUCUUGCGGUUGUGUUUUGCACAUUGCUGACUUCAAAAAGUGCCUGCGAUCAAUUCAAAAACGAAUACACUGUAGAACAUUGAAUUCACUUUCACAUUCCGGCCUGGACUAAAUCUCUCUUAAGUCUCGCCAAACUUUGACAGCUCGUUUCACGCACCUGCUGAAAAAAACAUUUGCGUUGUCUUUAAUUCGCCCUCUUAAAGUAGCGUUUGUCUUUCUUCAUGCGGCCUCAUCUCCGAGUGGACUUUCCCAGCCUUUCCGGAAUGCGGAGGAUUAACGUUUCGUGUCCAGUCGACUCUUUAAACAAAGGGAAAACAACAACAAAGCACAUUUCAGUGUGAAAUAAAAGAGACUCGACAGUCAGGUUCCAUUUCCGUUCUCCUUCGGCUUUUUUUGGGCCUUUUUUUAGAUUUCUUCCAAGUGAAGGAUGUGGCCCAGGACUGGGAAAACAAACACAUAUUAACCCCUCGUAAUUUUUGUGAGUUUGUGAGAAAAAAAGUGUCAAAGUCUAUCUGAAAACCUACUUUUUCUUGUCAGGAGAUGGGCCAGUCUUACCGCUUUAAGCUUCACGACCGUUCUUUAUUCUCUCUCUCCCUCUCUCUCUCUCUCUCUCUCUCUCUCUCUCUCUCUCUCUCUCUCUCUCUCUCUUCUCCAUUCCGAUGUGUUUACAGCCUCGGAUAGCUGACAUUUCUUCCUCUCUUCCACGGCAGUCAGACGUGCUUUCAUCUGAAAAGAAGGACAAGCGUGGCUGUCGCCCGGACCCGUCCGGACCCGAACCCCCCGCCGGGCGUCCGGCAGUACGUUCGCGUCCCAAUUCCCUCCCGCAGAGCGCAAAGAUGGAGCGCGUCCAGCACAUCACCAAGUCGGCCAUCCGCCGCGCCUCCCAAAUCGAGGUGACUCCGCAGGCCAAGCGGAACCUGCAGGAGCUCUUCGUCAACUUCACCCUCAUCCUCAUCUGCCUGCUUCUCAUCUACAUCAUCGUCCUGCUGAGCAGCUGAGGGCGUCCGCUCAGCCGUCACUGACCCACGCCACGCCUGACCGCACGUCUUCCUACGGCUGCUCCUCGACUCGCUGCAAUUGACGUCGGCGCCUGCCCGCAGUAUAGAGAUGAACGUUUGGCACAUUUACUGUUUCAAAAAUAAAAUUGGAAUAAUAAAGUGUGUGAAACGCACAGCGACUCGGCAGGACUUCCACAGGCCGGUUGACGUCGCACACACAAACUGAAAUUAUCGCUCGCCGUUCACUCGUCAGUUAACGCGUAACGAGAAGGGCUAUCGUCGAGAACACGUUUUGCUGCCAAAUUCAAAACGACUCAUCGCUUUGGGUCGUUCGGGCCGCGGCGAGGUUUCAGUUGAGUCGUUGUCACUUCAAUUGGGAAGAAACAACAAACAAGACACAAUUUCGCAACAUUUCCAAUCGAGCCAAAUUAUUGAAGAGGGUUUCUUUUUGUUCCAAAAAAAAAAACACGUGGCAUCAUGCAAACACGAAGGUCUGCAAUUAGCAUAAUCCUGCAUGCAUAUUCUCAACAGUAUUUCUGCCUGACAAGUCAAUGUGCACCUAAAAUGUUCAUCUUCUUCACUUGCAGCCGUUUUCAGCUCUUGCGGGCCUUUCGCACAUCUUUCCGCAUACGCGGCGACAGGCUCGUCAUUUUCGGGUCACGAUAUAUCACGAGCGAGGCGAUUUCAGCAACGGACGUUGCGACGCUGUCCAUGUUCUCUUAAAUGUUUCGACUGUCCAGAUAUAAGCCGCCGAAUAAAGCACAUGUGCACAAUUGUGUUGGA